AUGGCGGGCAAAGGCGGGAAGGGGCUUUUGGCAGCGAAAACCACAGCAGCUAACAAGGACAAGGAGAAGGAGAAGGACAAGAAGAGGCCUGUUUCCCGUUCAUCUCGUGCUGGUAUCCAGUUUCCGGUGGGUCGAAUUCACAGGCAGCUGAAAUCCAGAAUUGCAGCACAUGGCCGCGUUGGAGCCAAUGCUGCCGUGUACUUGGCCUCAAUCCUUGAGUACCUGACAGCUGAGGUUCUCGAGUUGGCUGGAAAUGCAAGCAAAGAUCUCAAGGUGAAGAGAAUCACACCAAGGCAUCUGCAACUGGCCAUUAGGGGAGAUGAAGAGCUUGACACUCUCAUCAAAGGAACCAUCGCUGGUGGUGGUGUCAUCCCCCACAUUCACAAGUCCCUCAUCAACAAGACCUCCAAGGAGUGA